ACUUUGUCUAUGGAGUAAAUGUUUAGAAGGUUUAGACAUUUUUCGGUCCGUAAUAGCGGGAAAAUUUAAAUCAAAAUAAAUAUUUCUAUGAUUUUCUGUAGGAACGUUAUAAAAAUAUUAUAAAGCACUUGUAAGUUGUACUCAAAAACAUGGCUGGUGAACCCAGUGACAUUGAAAAUAUUGAUGUUAACAGUCCAGAUUUCUAUGAAAUAGUGCAAGGAGAAAUAGAAUCUGACUGGGCCCGGAUGAAAAAAACUGUUGAUGUUAUAAUGAACUUACGAUUGGAAGCUGCUGAAAUAGAAGUGGAAACAGCGGCUUUGUUCCAUGCCGAGCUGUGGUACGACUUGCUCCUCCUACAGGAUGACUCCGAAGUCAAUUCUGAUGAUGAGGAGUAUGAGGAAACAGAGGAUGAGGAAGAAGAAACCACAACAGAAACAUAGACUUAAUAAAUAAACUUAUUACGCUAAUUUAUUUUAUGCAUUUUCCUGUUUUGUUGUAGAUAUGGCCUUAAUUAAACCUACCUAUCAAAGU